AUGACAAUCACCAAGGCAGACAAGACUGUGAAGCCUAUCGAUCGCACCUCUGGCGCGUCACGACAGCGCACGAACGACCCUUGGCGCAAUACGAGAGAGCCGUGGAGGCAGAGCAAUAGCUCCAUCUCUUACGUCCGGAAACGUCUGCAGGACAGGCUAGACAGAGCUUGGCUAUGCUGGACAGGCCUACUGCCUUUUAGCCUCCUAGAAAGUUGGGAGAUCACGCUCGUCCACGUCAUCUUCCUCGUCGUGUCCGUCUUGCUCUGCCAAUUCGGCGCAAAGGGCUUGCAAGGCUAUGGUGGAGCCCUGACGAGACGACUGCAGUACUACUACACCGGCGAACUCUCCUCUGUUGCCGAUCAGGACUGGCAUUACUGA